CUUUAUACGUCACACUGUCAUGGCGGCCCACUCUGGUCUCUAUUUGUGAAAUUCAUGAUAAACGAAUUAUUGUUUCUGUGUUUCAGUGAAUAAUUACCUUUAUAAGAUAGGUAACGUCGGCUAAAAAAUAAGCGUGCAUGGUAGAGGCAUAUGUAUAAGUGAUAAAGCCAAAGGUAUGAUCUUAAAUGUAUUUCAUUGUCUUGCUAGUACUUGGAUCAUAUCGCGAUACGCAGACUGCUUGAGAGGAGAGUCUAGUUAUUUCUGGUCUUGAAGUGUAUUAUGUACAUUUAUGUUUUAGCAGUUUUCCCUUUGUUGGCAUUUUUGUACCGUUAUAAAGUUUGUCGGGCAGAUUUUGGAGAAUUCGGAUUCAUUUUUUUUUAUCCUUCGGCUCUUCAAAGUAGUUUCAACUGGCCAAAUAACGAAGUGGGAAACGGCAAAAUGGCCUCAUCAUUUGUGUUCGGGGACACAUUUCGAGAGGGGGUGAUGAAUCUGAUGGAGAGGGACUCCACCAUGCCGGGAGACCUGCAGGAUGAGCUCGAGUCCCUCCUGAAACAGGAGCAGCCUUCCGUCCUACCUUUCAGCACAGCGAGGAAGUUACACAGAUACCUGAAAGAAAACGGAUUUCCAGUCUACCUCCACGAGUUGUUGGAGGACAGUUCAGUGCAUCUACCCCAUUAUGAACCCCCCCCCAGAAAUCCCCAGCUGGUAGCUCGAUUGGAGCAGAUUAAAGCAAAACUGGCUAAUGAAGAAUACAUGCGGAUAACCAGGAACGUUGACCCUCAGGAAAUGAAUCGGCCCGGUACACUGGCUGACAUUGGCAGACAAGUGCGUUCAGUCAAAGCUGCUGUCAUCACUGUGUUCAACUUCCUGGUGACUGUGGUGGCUGCAUUUGCCUGUGCUUACCUGGGCAGCCAGUACAUCUUCACAGAGACCACUGCGAGGGUGCUCUCCGCUGUGAUCGCGGCCUCGGUGGUGGGCCUGGCUGAGCUCUACGUUCUGGUCCGGACGAUGGAAGGAGAGCUAGGGGAGCUGUAGCGGGACACAGACGUUUCUGACGGAGUUCUCUAGUGGAACCAAGGGACUUGCUCCGCAGGGGGAGCCCAGCUCUCUCACACAGACUGCAUGUUCCUGUCUCACAUUUUUCCUGUGGUACAAAACACCUUACAUGUACCGUGCAGAGUGCGACGUCCCAAUGUUGUUUUAUGAAGUGAUUUUGCUGUCUUCAGUAAAUAUUUCGUCCUGUUGUCAGGUUUAUUCUUAAUCGGUGCGUCAGUGCUCACGUCUCCCACCACACAUAGGAAGAGAAUCGAACCCAAAAGACAUCCUCACCGUACUGUGACUGUUUGUCCAUCGAUAUGUGAUGAGAGUCAUGGCAAAAGCUCAGGUCCCUCUACUGAACAAAUAAAAAUAUGCAGGUUUUAAAAGGCUAUGGCCGUGGUGCUGAGAUAGCUGCAUCACAGCGUGUAAGAGAGCAGGAUUUUGUGAAGAUUCUCUUUGUUGUUCUUUAUUUCUAUGCAAAAAUUAGUGUAUUUAUAAGUACAACACUUCUGUGGUUCACUUGUGACUUCGAAAAUAAAUUUAAUCAGAUAAAAA